AUGCAUGCCUUAGCGCCCAAUUUUGUCGACGAAGUCAUUGUGCCCAUCAGAGUCAUCAGUACGGGGGAGAAAAUAGAAGAUGAGGAUAAUACGAGUGCAGAGGUACAUCAGUUCUCGACUUUGGAGCAGGUCGAGUCCCACUUCAGCCGCACUACGCACUCCUACAACUUUGUGUCGAUAUGUCAGCGUAAUUCGUAUAGGCCUUUGGAGAUAACCGAGCCAAUGUUCAAUCGCCUGAUCAAGAAGUUCGAUUUGAAGGCUUCUGCAUGGGAUGUGGCCUCUUGCUUUUAUGACAAAGAUUUUGAUAUUGAAUCUACUUACUGUGCUCCCUUUACUAUACAUCAUAAUGGAAAUGUAACAGAAGUGUCAUACACCAUCCGGUAUCCAGAAUUCAAGUCGGCUGAGGGGACCUGGGUCAUUCGGCAAACCGGGAUUUAUCAGAAGUUUAACACUAAAACAUUGCAGAACUUGUUCAUCUUGUUUAAUCCUGCACCAUCCACAAGAUUGCAUCAGUACGCACAGGCAAACAACGCGGUAGCCACCUUUAUUGAGGAACUGACCGAGACGGAAUACCAUCAUCUCACUGAGCUAGCAUUUCUUGAGACCCGCUUAGUACAAGUCCCCGCUAUGCUGGCAGCUUCAAGGGACGUCCUUGAGGGUCUAGUAUGUCUUUGUCGUGAGAUGACCGGUAGAGAAGACGAGAAGAUUACCGAAUUUUCAAGAUCUACAUUGGCAGUCAUUCAGCAACAUAUCCGCGAAUGUGCAGGCUACACCAGAGUAGCAGACUGUCUAGAACAACGAGUUCAGAAGAUUACACAGCUUUUGGCUAACACUUUAUCCUUCCGCGAACAAUUGAACGCCAAGGUGCAAAACAACAGUAUGCUGAAACUGAAUAACCUUAUUACUACCCUGACUGUCCUAUACUUGCCUGCAUCUUUCGUGGCAUCUUUCUUUGGUAUGAACUUCUUCGAUUUCGAUAACGAGUCACGUCAGAUCGUGGGAACCCCUAUCCUUUGGAUUUACUUUCUCUGCUCUGCGGUUAUGACUGUCUUGACCUAUGUGUUUUAUCAUUUAUUGAUCCAGAAGGCAGUGCUGAAGAGAAUAACCUGGAAGAUCCCUUCAAUAAAAAUGUAUACCAGGACGAGGACGAGAAAGAAGGAACUUCAUAAGGGGCCAGAGCUUGUGUAA